CCAACGCGAUAUGGAGCGCAUGUGGAAAUUUCUUAUGGGGCUGCUGCUGCUGUGCAGCUUGGUGCUGGUUAAAGGUCAAAUUACCAAGUCUUACUAUACCGCUGGCGUUGUGGAGUUUCGACCCACUGUGCAGGGCGGCAGUUCGUCCGAGAUGUUGCAACAGAACUUGGACGCAUAUUUACAGCUCAUAGAGCAGGCGAAUGGCGAGGCGGAUAUAUUGGUAUUCCCCGAGGGAACGCUCAACAAUCCGCUGCAAUUGACGCGCGUGCCGCAGCUCACGCAUAAUGACAGCAUCUGCUCCGAGGCCAUAGCGCAGCAGCAUAGAGUGGAGCCUUUUAUGCAGAAAUUAGCUUGCGCUGCUUUACGUGCCCGCAGCUAUUUGGUUAUCAAUGUGCAGGAACGUGAGGAUUGCGAUAUUAAGACGCAGCGAGAUUGUCCCAGCCGCGGUUAUCUGCUCUUCAAUACAAAUGUUGUCUUCGAUCGCAGUGGGGCGAUUGUCUCGCGUUAUCGCAAGUGGAACUUGUAUUUGGCGCCGGAAAUGAAUCGCACCGAGAGCGCCGACUAUGGCGCCUUCAAAACAGAUUUGGGCAUUGUCUUUGGCCACUUCAUUUGCUUUGACAUGUUGUUCUAUACGCCGGCAACGGAGCUCAUCGAACGCUUCGAGAUUCGCAAUAUAAUUGCCACAAAUAUGUUCAACUCGGAGUUGCCUUUCCUAACGGCCAGUCAACUGCAGCAGGGCUGGGCUUGGGGCAGUGAAGUCAAUCUGCUAGCAGCGGGAGCAAGUUUGCCAGCGCGUGGCAUAAGCGGCAGUGGCAUCUACGCAGGCAAACGCGGCGCCAUAGUGCGUCAUAUGGUGGGCAACGCGACAGUUGGCGAGCGACGACUGCUGCUGGCACGCGUGCCCAUUUAUCCAAAUAUAAUCAGCGGCGAUGUGAGCUUCGAUGUGGCACGUCCAGGGCCGGCGCAACAAAUGCUGCCGCUGCUGCAACAGCAGGCGGCAAACUUUCGCAGCCAGCCGCUGCAAUUGCAAAACAGUUCGUUGCAGCAAAUCAAACUCUGCGAGCAGCAGCUCUGCUGUUACUUCAAUGUGAGUCUGCAGCUGCCGCCGGCGCAGCAAUUAAAGCAGUUGCCAUAUCAGUAUAGAGCGGCGCUCUUUGCAGGCAAUCGCAGCUACGAGCAGGAUCAGCGCAGCUCGCUGCGUCUUUGCGCCAUCGUUGCCUGUCUCAAUGAUGAGCCCGCAAGCUGUGGCAAGUUGCAUGCCGCCGACUUGGCGAAUGCUCCACGCUUGCAAUUCAAUGCGCUUAAUGUUAGCGGCGAAUUCAUUCCCUAUCGCCGUCGUCUGCUCAUGCCCAGCACACUCAGCUAUUCGCUCUAUGCGCUGCAGCCCAGCGAAAUGUCCUGGCAGCAGCACUUCGAGCUGUUCAAGCCAACGCGCAUCGACAUGCAGCUGCUGCAGCCACACUCUCAACUAUUGACCUUUGGCAUCUACGGCAACUAUUUCGACGAGCAUUACAAGGGUAAAGCUGCUGGCCGCACCGCGCUCAGCGGUUGGUUGUUAAGCUGCGCGCUUUUGUCGCCGCUGCUGCUGCUGAUGCUGAUUGGCAAGUGCAAUUAGCUGGGCGCACCACCCAAAAGUGUCGCUAACGUUUUCGCCAUUUAGAGCAAUUAAAUAUUAACUAAUUUUUGCUGCGUACUCAUUUUGCUUUACAAAUUGUAUA